GUUCUGUUUUGCAUGGAACCGCAAAGCGCCCUCACCCGGAUGGAGCUCAUGCCCCGAUGAAGCCUGGAAACGCAAAGGUUGCGAGGCUAGAGCAGCAGCAGACAUCAACAUCUUCUACCACUGCUACUGGCUCCAAGUCCAACACGAAUCCGGCGGUGUCAGCGGCGCAAGCGCGGGGCAAACAAGUAGGAAAGGGAACCGCGCCACCUUCUCCACCUCUUGAUGAGGGUCGGCGAAGGAUACGCGAGGCGUACAAGCGACUAGGCCUAAACCCGACCACUAAUGUCCACAAGUGA